UAGCGCAUAAAAGAUAAUGCAUUUUGUCCAGUAAAAAAAAAAAAUACAAUAACCAAUCAACUACUUGUUUUUCUAGUAUUAAUAAAUGCAUACUAAAAAAUAUUUGAUACUGCAUAGUGUUUUCCAUCUUACGUUCUCACGCCCUGUGCAUGAGCUUCAAGUUUAUAUAUGAUAUAAAAUGUUUAUUUGACAUUACAUCUCGUAAAUUAGUUUAACGCAAUUUGUAAUUUCUGAUUACAUCAGAAAUAACGCCAACACCGACUAUUAAGCGUUAGGCAAUACAUUUUCUAAUAUAAUGGGCGCAAUAAUAAGUCAUAUUUAUUGAGUUAGAAAAAAUGACUGUUAUUGGAAUAUCAAUGGACACUUCAGAAAAUGCAAAAGAAAAGAGACUGAAAAAGAAGAAAAAUUUUGUUUUGAGAUCAGUGAAAGACUCUUUUAAUAUGACAAAUUAAUAAUUUACGAAAGUUUUUCAUUUAUUGAUUGUAUGACGCAAGAGGAACAAACAUUAACUUAAUAUGUUAGAUCAAUAUAAUCGAAUUGAAUUACUAUGAACAAUUACUUUUUUACAUGUACAACCAUAAAGAAUGAACGAAUAAAUUAAUUGUACAACAAUUAGUACAACAAUACAAGAAUAAUUAAUAAAUUGAAAGAAACAACGCCUACAAAGACAGAUAAAUAUGCUUUCAAAGCUCUGGUUCUUAUUACUACUUGCUUGCAUAACAUGUCUUCUAUUAUACAUGACAUUUGUGGAGAGAUCAGGGCUACAGGCUUUAAAAAUGAAUUUGAUGCAUCUGCAAACAGUGUACAAAACAACUGGCCAAUCAUUGGAUAAUGUUAAAAUUCUAAUCAAACCAUCCUGCAAUGCUACUUUCUUAAUAUGGAUCAUCACAUCUUACGCAGGUGAUCCUUCAGCUAGAAGUGCUCUACGACGAGCAUAUACAAAUGAGGAAUUACAGGCUUUAGAGAUCAGGAGGAUAUUUCUCCUUGGUACAUUAAAUAAUGAUGCUGAAAGGAAAACACAUAUAUCACAGAAUGCAUUGUUAGAUGAGUCGCAGCGAUUCAAUGAUAUACUUCAGGGAGACUUUCUAGACACUUACAGAAAUUUGACUCGCAAGCAUCUGAUGGGACUUCGAUGGACACUAAAUAAUUGUAAACACGUGAAAUAUAUCAUGAAGAUGGAUGAUGACAUCGUUGUAAAUAUAUAUGGCAUAAUGGAGAAUUUACGCUCUGGUAUUGUAGAAAAAGAUUCUUUGACUGGUUAUGUUCUCAAAAAUAUGGUCCCUGUUCGAGAACCGGCUAAUAAAUGGUAUGUAAGCAAGAUGGAAUAUACGGGUGAUACUUACCCUGAUUUUGUUUCUGGCUGGCUAUACAUCAUGCAUCCGCAAGUGGCGAAUAGACUGAUCAAUUAUGUUGAGUCUUCCAAUGAAUUCUUUUGGAUAGAUGAUGUGUUUGUGACUGGGAUCUUGAGGCAUGCUUUAAAUAUAAAGAUCAAAGACAUUAGUGAAUUAUAUACAACAGAUUACAGAUAUUUGGAAUGUUGUAUAAAGGGAAGAGCGAGUCUGCUCAAAUGUGAAUUUCUAGUUGGUCCAAACGGCGGUAAUACAGAGUUGCAAGUGAGAUUUAAAGAAUUCGCGAAAUUCUGCCAUACGAAUUGCUCCGCCCGCACCGACAGUAAUCUCGUUGGCAAAAGAUGCGUAGUGGUGUACAAAGAACCAAAUCUGCACAAAGGAUCCGUUCAGAUAAGUCCUGUUGUUUUAUGAAAAGUGAUAGAUCUAUAUUUAUCUAGUGAUACACACACACACACACACACACGCGCGCGUGUGUGUGUUACGAUUUUAGUAUAAUUUUGUUAAA